UCAUAUUAUAAAUAAUUAAGCACUCAUUUUUGCUCUAGCAGAAAGACGAGGAUGAAGAACUAUAUCUUCAUUUCACUUCUAAUAUUGUUGAGCCAUCUCUAUCAAUUAAAUGCAGAAAUCGACGCAAAUCAUAGUAGUAAUAUCAGUGUAGUGAAGGAAAUUCAGGUUGGAGUAAUUCUGGAUAUGGGAUCAUUGGUUGGGAAGGUUGUUAAUAGCUGCAUUAGCAUGGCUAUAUCUGAUUUUUAUGCUCUUAACACACACUACACAACAAGGAUACUUCUUCACAUCAGGGAUUCCAAGGGAGAACCCCUACGUGCUUUGUCUGCCGCUCUUGAUCUUUUGGAGAAUAUGAAGGUGCAAGCAAUCAUAGGUCCAGGAACCUCACCUGAAGCGAUGCUCUUGGCUGCAUUGGGGGACAAGGCCAAAGUUCCUAUCCUUUCUUUUUCUAGGACUCCUCCAACAGAAUAUCCAUACCUUGUUCAACUUUUACAAGACCAAACCCUUGAAUUUUAUGGUGUUGCUUCCGUUGUAGAAUCAUUUCAAUGGACGAAUGUCAUCCUUAUUUAUGAGGAGGGAGAGAUCAUAUCAAAUUUGGCCGAUUCGUUCCAAGAAAAAAACAUUCGCAUUGCUUAUAGGAGUGCAAUUUCUCCGUCAGCCACUGAUGAACAAAUCCUUGUAGAGCUCCAUAAUAUCACUAGUAGUAGUACUCCUCAAACAACAUUUGUUGUGCAUGUUUCACCUUCUCUAGCGUCUCGUCUUUUCUUAAAUGUCAAAAGGUUAGGAAUGAUGAGUGAAGGAUAUGCUUGGAUUGUUACUGAUAAGACUAUGGACCUCUUGCACUCAAUGGAUUCUUCAGUACUCAUUGAGUCUAUGCAAGGGGUUCUGGGAUUCAAGUCUCAUAUUCCAUCAUCGUACCAACUCAGCAACUUCACUGUAAGAUGGAGAAGGAAAUUUCGUAUGGAAAAACCCAAUAUGGAGAUGAUUGAGUUAAAUGUGUUUGGCCUAUGGGCCUAUGAUGCAAUUUGGGCACUAGCAAGGGCAGUGGAGAGGGUAACGGAUAAGAUUUCUCAAACUAAGAAGCAAAAUGUUGCAUUGAAUGUGAUGGACUUAGCUAACAUUGGAGCUUCUCAAAGUGGCUCAAUAAUUCUAAAUGAAUUACUGCAAAUUAGAUUUAGGGGUUUAAGUGGUGAGUUCCAAUUUAUGAACGGGAAACUAAUCUCUAGGGCAUUUGAAAUAGUGAAUGUAUUUGGCAAAGGGGAGAGAAGAGUUGGAUUUUGGACACUGACUGAUGGAAUCACUAGAGAAAUGUUUCCUACUGUUAGUGAAAAGCAUCCAACGUCUUCAAGUACUAGUGGUCUUGAAGCCAUUAUCUGGCCAGGAGGAUCUUCAACUACUCCGAAAGGUUGGUUGAUGCCAAUGAAUAGUAAAAAGCUAAGAAUUGGUGUUCCAGUGAAGCAAGGGUUCGAAGAUUUGAUAAAGGUGCAUCAUGAUCCUGGAACAAAUGCAACAACUGCCACUGGUUUCUGCAUUGAUGUAUUCAAGGCUGCCAUUGAUGCAUUACCAAGUGAUGUAUCAUAUGAGUUCAUUCCAUUUGAGGAUUCCAAUGGGGAACCGGCAGGAAACUACAACGAUCUUGUAUAUCAGGUCUAUCUUCAGAAUUAUGAUGGUGUGGUGGGGGAUAUUACAAUAACGGCCAAUAGAUCUUUAUAUGUCGACUUUACAAUGCCAUUUACCGACUUGGGUGCUGGAACAAUAGCAAGGGUUGCAAGGGUUGGCAAUAAGAACAUGUGGAUCUUCUUGAAGCCACUUGAUUCAAAUCUAUGGCUCACAAGUGCUGCUUUCUUUAUCCUAACCGGCUUUGUUGUGUGGGUUAUCGAGCAUUCUGUAAAUGAAGAAUUUCAAGGUUCGGCUGGUCAGCAAAUUGGAACAGUCUUUUGGUUCUCCUUCUCAACCCUUGUUUUUGCUCAUAGAGAAAAGUUAUCAAGCAAUUUGUCAAGGCUUAUAGUGAUUGUGUGGGUGUUCGUUGUGCUUAUAUUAACAUCAAGCUACACUGCAACUUUAUCUUCACUGUUGACCGUCCAACAAAUACAACUAACAUCAAAAGACAAUUAUAUAGGAUACCAACGUGGCUCUCUAGAUAUUGUCAGCAACCUGAAUUUUCAAGACACUAGACUUAGACCAUAUUAUUCACCUGAGGAAUAUGCCGAUGCUUUGUCAAGGGGAACUAAAAAUGGUGGUGUUGAUGCUAUCGUUGAUGAGAUCCCAUACAUGAAGGCGUUUUUCGCAAGAUAUCCCCAUGACUAUGCCAUGAUUGCAUCAGAAUCUACCACCAACGGAUUUGCCUUUGUUUUUCAGAAAGGUUCACCGUUGGUUAGUGAAAUGUCAAGGGCAAUUAUGAAACUGAGAGAAGAAGGAAAGCUUGUGAAGAUGGAGAAGGCAUGGUUUAAUAGUGAGUCAUCUUCUAUGGCCCAGCAAGACUCAGUGACUAGCACCAACAACAAUCCAAACGUUCUGAACCUCGACAACUUUAGUGGUUUAUUUCUGAUUAGUGGGAUCUGUUCCGCUUUAGCUCUCGUCAUAUUCUUGAUCAACUUGCUUUGUGAAAAUUGGAAUGUCAUAAAGUAUUACUUUUUCAUCAAGGUAUAUUCUAAAGCAGUGGAAAGGGCUUUAAUGUUAGAAGCGGAUAACAGAGAUAAGGAUGCGAGAAGAGAACAGUGGAAGCAGAAGAGGGGUGCAGGGUCAUCCUCAGAAGGAUCUUCUUGGAAGAAGAACAAUGGUGGUUCACGACCAGCUAGGAGGGAUACUCCUACUGUGUUGGCACAACAGUCUGGUGUUCAGAUUAGUAGUUCACAGGCACAGGCACCGCAGGGGCAUGUCUUUGUCCUUGCACCGACUGAUGCAUCUCCUGGAUCUUCAGUUCUCCGAGGGAUGCCAAGUUCACUUCGAAUUUCUGGGAAGGACUUUAAGCAGCAUUUGGCUCAGCGUUGCAUCUGA